UUCCUUUCUUCAGUGCGUUUUGGUUCCGGUUGAGGUUGAGAGUAUGGUGAAAGGGCGAGAGCAUUAAAAACCGGCGAUGGAAGCGGUGGCGGAAGGGCUGUGGGCGCUGGCGGAGCACCACGAGCAGAGAAGGGAGAUAGGGAAGGCGGUGAAAUGCCUUGAGGCGAUUUGCCAGAGCCCAGUCUCGUUUCUCCCCAUUGUUGAAAUCAAAACCCGCCUCCGAGUCGCCGCUCUUCUUCUGAAGCACUCGCACAAUGUCAAUCACGCAAAAGCUCACCUGGAGCGUUCCCAACUUCUCUUGAAGUCUAUUCCUUCUUGCUUUGAGCUGAAGUGCAGAGCUUAUAGCCUGUUGAGCCAGUGCUACCAUCUUGUGGGAGCAAUUCCUUCACAAAAACAGAUAUUAAACAAGGGUGUAGAACUCACUGCACUUUCUGGAGAUGGGUUUGCAGGAGGGUUAUGGUCUUGCAACUUCAAUUCUCAGCUUGCAAAUGCCCUGAUAAUUGAGGGAGACUACAAUGGGUCAAUUUUGUCAUUGCAACAAGGAUUUAGUUGUGCUGUGGAGAUGUGUUACCCGGAACUGCAGAUGUUUUUUGCUACUUCAAUAUUGCACGUCCGUGUGAUGCAGUGGGACAGCACAAGUCUGGUAGAGGAAUCUGUCAACAGAUGCAAUUUCAUAUGGGAAUCUAUUGAGCCUGAUAAAAGACAACAUUGCCUCGGGUUACUGUUUUAUCACGAGCUGCUGCAAUUAUUCUACCUACUCCGGAUAUGUGACUACAAGACUGCUGCUCAACGUAUUGAUAAAUUGGAUGCUGCUAUGAAGUCUGACAUGGAGAGGAUGCAACAAAUACGAGAACUCACGAAUGAACUUGAUGUGUUAAAUCGUAGUCUCUCACGCUCUGACUUGAACUACAAAGACAGAACUGCUCUUGCUGAAAAACAAACUAAGCUGGAGGAAAGACUUAGUAAUUACACAGGAACAAAUUUAACUGGAAAAGCAAGCUUGGAGCCUGCAUAUUUUGGAAAUGUGAAGCGAGCAUGGCCUGAUAAGCUUGAGUUGGCUCCACCUCCUAUUGAUGGGGAAUGGCUGCCUAAAAGUGCGGUCUAUGCAUUGGUAGAUCUUAUGGUGGUUGUUUUUAGCAGGCCAAAAGGGCUUUUUAAGGAGUGCCAGAAGAGGAUUCAAUCUGGGUUACAAACCAUUCAAGUUGUUUUACAUGCAGAGGAGCUGUUGCAAUUGGGGAUUACUGACAGGGUCAAAGAAGUGGAGUUGCAACACUCUGCAAUUUGGAUGGCUGGUGUAUAUUUAAUGCUUCUAAUGCAGUUCCUGGAAAACAAAGUAGCUAUUGAUCUUACACGAACUGAAUUCGUAGAAGCACAAGAGGCUUUGGUGCAGAUGAGAAAUUGGUUUGUUCGCUUUCCAACCAUCCUACAGGCUUGUGAGAGCACAAUUGAGAUGCUAAGGGGCCAAUAUGCACAUUCUGUGGGCUGCUAUAGUGAAGCGGCUUUCCAUUUUCUUGAAGCAUCAAAGUUGACUCAAAGUAAAUCGACGCAAGCCAUGAGCCAAAUUUAUGCAGCAGUCUCUUUUAUCUGCAUCGGUGAUGCUGAAUCUUCAGCCAAGGCUGUUGAUUUGAUAGGACCUGUUUUAGGAGUGAUAGACUCCUUUGUUGGGGUUCGAGAAAAGACCUGUGCUUUGUAUACUUAUGGAUUUCUACUUAUGAGGCAACAGAAUUUACAAGAAGCCAGAGUCCGGCUAGCUUCUGGCUUGCAGACUACACAUACUUACUUGGGAAACCUACAACUUGUUUCCCAGUAUUUGACUGUGCUAGGAAAUUUGGCACUUGCUCUACAUGACACUGGACAAGCCAGAGAAAUCUUAAGAUCUGCCCUGACAUUGUCAAAAAAGCUUUAUGAUAUUCCAACGCAGAACUGGGUUCUCUCAAAUUUGACAGCUCUGUACCAGCAAUCAGGGGAGAAAGGGAGUGAAAUGGAGAAUCUCGAGUAUCAAAGGAGAAAAAUUGAGGAUUUGCAGCAAAGACUUGCCACUGCACGUUCAUCAGUUCAUCAUAAUGAACUGAUUGAGAAAGUAAAACUCCAAGUCCAACAAUUGAAUGAGCAUGACAUGAAGCGAGCGAUUGCAGGCCCUUCCAAGAGCAUCGAUCUUGACAUACCUGAAUCUGUUGGGUUGUUAACUCCUCAACCAAUGCCUUCAUCAGCGAGGCUUAUGGAUCAGGACAUUGGGAGGCUUAGGAAGAGGAAAGUAUAGUGUCCAUCCUGCCUGUAAGUUAAAACUUGUAUUAACAUAUUCAAACCGCGGAAGGACAGACAUGCUCUUUCGUUGAUAGGUAUGAUUAUCCACUCUAAUGUGAAAUGCAUCAUUCGAGUCUAGUAGCGGUAUAUAUAAUACACAUAUAUAGGUAAAUCAUGUCAUCUUAAGAAUUCUAAUAGGCACUAGAACCGAUCGCUCUUGUAAAGCUCUUCUUUGUUUUCGUGGGUAGAUUAUUAACUUGUAAUUUUUUUUCUUGUUCAUCGUAUUGUAUUUUCAAAUUUCAGUGGUUAGAAAAUUCACUUUCUAUGCCCAGAAAAAUUUAGUAGUAGUUGGACUUU